UUAAGGCUUUGCUCCUAACCAGUAGGUGGCAGUAAUGCCCCGUUCAGUUGUUUGAUAACCACUAAUAAUGCCAAGAGAAGAAGAGACGGGAAGAAGAGGAAAAAGAACACACACCGCCGCCAUUACGGCCUUUUCCACUAGUACCUACUCAGUUCGGCUCGAGUCAGCUCGGCGCAGUUUUGAGCCUUUAUCGCUAACAGGUAUCACGUUAUCGCACGUUUUUGCAACCAGUUUUGGUUUCUGGACCGAUUUGUUACAGAUUUGAUACCAAACGUACCGAGCUGUGCCAAAAAUGCAAGUUCGGAAGACUCUCGGUUACUGAUUGGCUAAGGGGUGGAGUCGCUGUUUGCAUCAUUACCAAACUCUGACCCGCCAUUUUUAAAAAGCGACUACACAUUUUAACGUAUGUACAGUCUAUGAUUUUAACCGACAAUGGCUAACCUGAAAGUCCCGUGGUCCAACGAUGAGGUACAAACUUUUUUGUGCUUGAUGUCCAAUGAGAGGAUCCAAAGGCAGCUAGAUGGAGCCACUCGUAACGAAAGAAUUUUUAGAGAGAUUUCUGAGCUGAUGGCAUGUCAUGGAUUCCAGCGCACAGGUAAACAAUGCCGUGAAAAGUUAAAAAAGAUGAAGAGCGAUUACCGCUCUAUUAAGGACCUCCGCAAUAAGGGUGAAGCCCACAGAAAGUGGAAGUGGUUUGAUCAAAUGGAUGCAAUUUACGGGCACAGACCUGCAAGCAACGAGAGGGAGAAAGGCAUGGACACAGUCACUGCUAUUUUGGAUAACUUGAUGGAUGACGGUAUAAAAAGGGAGGACUGGACCGACGAGGAGACCCAGUGUUUUUUAGCUUUGUGGUCGUCAUCAGACGUUCAGAAGAAAUUUGAGGGGGCAACUCAAACAAAGCUAAUGUUCGAGUAUCUACAGAGGGAGAUGUCUGUUGCAGGAUAUCACAAAAGUGUUGACCAGCUCACAAACAAGUUAAAAAACCUACAAAAGGAGUUCAGAGACCAUAAGCGGGAGUUGGGCCGAAUUGGGCACUGGAGUCCCCAACAAAACACUUACUUUGAGAUAUUAAACUCUGUCAUGGGGGAUGAACCAGAGGACCAAAGUGUUGAGGCCCUGAAUUCCAACACAGCAGCGAACAUCCUCCUGGCCAUGGUGGACGAGCCAGAAGAGGAGGAGGAAAGGAACGCCUCAGAAUCUGACCCGACGUGGAAAGAGGACGAUGAAGCGGUUAGACCAGUGGCCUGCAGCUCUUCAGUACCAGAUGCUCAGUUCUCUAGCGGUCUGGGUAAACGGAAGCGCGGCGCUAACUCAGAGCUGAUCAAAUAUCUGCAGAGGUCAGAGAAACGGCUAGAGGAGGAGCGUCGGCGAGAAGAACGGCUGACAUCAGUUUUUGUUUCUAGUCUAAAGAAGAUGGAAGAAAACAGCAGCGCAGUAAUAGGGCUGCUAGGUCGAAUGGUGUCCAUCAUGGAGAGGGCUGCACCAAAGUAAUUUUUUUGUUUGGGCGCAUCACUUUUUCAAAAGUUGUUUUAUUUUGUUAAGUGCUUUUAGAAAAAAUUCUCUGUAAAUAUUUUUUUCCACAUAUCUUUAUCGAGUUUAUCACACUUAUCUUAAUAAAAGCCGCUGUGAUGAAGAA